AUGUUCGGCACUACGCUCACUUUCUUGAUCAUAGCAUGGUUUGCAGUUUUCUUCCGUCUGUAUGUCCGCAUCAGAGUCGUCAAGGAAUUGGGCUGGGAUGAUGCGUUUGUGUUCCUUGCUCAGGGACUGGGUGAGCACAUGCUAUACAUUGGCUACAACCGUCUAGUAGAAUAUCUGAGGUUGUACUACUUCGAAAUGGCCAUAUACGUCACCAACUGCGGCGUCAUCAAGAUUGCUCUAUUGCUCCAGUACCUCCGCAUCUUCAAGGCUGGACUCAUGCGAUGGAUUUGCAUUGGCCUCCUUGUCGCUGUGACUCUUUGGGGUAUUGCCUUUUCAAUCACCGCAUGGUUUCCUUGCUUUCCAGUGCGCGGGUACUGGGACCGCACUGUAUCUGCGAAUUGCUACGGUUUCGGACUCGGAGACCUUGAUAGCUUCAUCGCUACGUACAAAGCGCAAGCGGCCACCAACAUGUUGUUCGAUAUCUCCAUCUUCAUUGCGCCCAUGGUGUUGUUCAGAACACCGAACCUGCGAUCCAAGAACGUGUUCGCAAUGGCUGGCGUAUUCACCUUUGGAGCUGUCGUCGUCGGAACAUCAGUCUGGCGACUCCACGGCAUCGUCGAAACCAAAGGCGCAACCUACCCCUACGUCGACUACACCUGGUGGUCACCAACUCUCAUCAUCCUCACCUGCCUCGAAAUCGAUCUCGCCAUCAUCUGCGCCUCCAUGCCUAUCUUCUGGCCUAUCAUCGAGAAGUCGCUCAGCGCCAUCUUCGUCAGCUACGAAGUCCAGGUUGUGGAGGAGCGCGUCGACGACUACGGUCUUACCUACGAGCUGGAGCACAUGAAGGGGGACGACAGGCCGUGCAGUAUCAAAAGCAGCGGGACGAGCACACAAGAGUUGACGAAUGAUGACGAGGAGUCACAUCCGAGGAGACCACAGUUCACGGUGGGCUUUGAUCCGCUGAGUGAGGAGCAAAGAAACAAUGGGUUGAGUACGAAUGUUCAGUCGACAGCCCCGCAAAAAUGGCAGCUCUAG